AUGGAACGGUUACAUCUCGUCCGUCUACUAUCGGUGGGCACGAUCGUGCUACUGGUGCGAGCCUGCAGUGGCCAAGAUAUUCUCGGUUCGUACUUCCGGUGUCGCAAUGAGUUCGAUAUCGAUUCGAACAUCUUCGAGGCGUUGCGUGCCGGAGACUUCUCCGUGCGGAACUCCUUGGUGGAGUGCUUCGGUGAGUGUUUUGUGAAGCGUGCCGGCUUCAUGAAUGAUAACUUCACUUUCAACCGGGACACGAUCAUGCGCUUCAUGAGUCGGUUCGUGUCGAAGGAGAUAGCGGCGGGCGUGUACGGAACCUGCACCGACAACGUGACACCGACGUACUGCGUCACCGCGUUCAACGUGUACCAGUGCAUCUACGAGAAUGUGUCCAAGAAGUGGGACAGCCGAAAAUAG